GGGGAAGCAAACAAAUGCCCCGUCUUCCUCUGCUCUGCCCCCCUCUCACCUCUCUCUCUCCUCGUUUCAUCUCCUUCCAGCGCAAGCCUUGCCUUGCCCUCAAAAUCCCUCCCUCAGAAACUCAUCGCCUCCACCACGACCGCCUUCUCUCCCCAAUUCUCAUCUCCCCGGCGGCGCGCCCUCCCCAGAGGCCGCUGGAUCGCGCGGCGGCGGCGGCGCUCCUGCUAAUGCGCGUGCUCCCCUGAGGCUUUUCCUGGUGAUUCCGUGGUAUUCGUGCGUCACAUCCAACUCUGGGUGCCGUAGUGUUGUUGAAUCCACCUACAUUGUGUGAUCGAGUUUGGCUUCGUGGUAUUGGGAUGGACGAAGUGCCGGGUAAUCAGGACAAUCAGCCAUUUCUUGGCAACAUCACUGGAGCCAUGUUUGCAAAUCCUGGGGAACAAUCUGCAGGGUGUUCUUCCCUCGAGGCAGGGUGGGUUCCUAUGAGUGAAAGAAGCCCUGCUCGGAAUGGUCUGGGCACCAUUUACAAUGCCAAUUUGUUUGAUGAUCAGUCAUUGGCAUCUGCAUUUGAGAACAUGAGCUUGAGCUUCACUGGUAGUGCUGCUGACUCUUCUGCUAACUCUGGUAAUGUUGGAUCCAGGGAUGGGCUCCGUUUUCCAGACUAUUUGUUUGCAUCAGCUGACAACCCAACAAAUCUGCCACUUCAGUCAGCAUUUGGUCAGGAUGAGUUUGUGCCUUCAUGUUUGAUGGUCAACAAUGCUGGACACAUGAGACCAAAGUUUGGUGCACAAAAUCCUCCAAUGUACACAGGGAUGCAUGGCACAGAUAAUGCUUUUUUGGUUAGAACCAAUUUAUCACAAGCUUUGCCUUUCCAGCAACAUCUCAUUAUCGAUAGGCAGCCACAAGCAUAUGCACCUUAUUAUCAGCAGCAGAUGAACUCUACAUUCAAGCGGCAUGAUAUUGAUGUCGAGAUGAAAUUUAUCAUGCAGCCACAGUGUUCUUAUCAGCAAAUUCCACAGGCUCCUGAUGUUCGUUGGAUCAAUAGCAAUCAAUAUGGUGUUAUCAACUCAUCAACCAAGUAUGCAGCUGCACCUCACCUUAGAGUGCCCACUGUUCGUCAUCUAGGACAUGGCAGUCCUGAUAUCUACUGGAAUGGUGCUAUAAUUCCUAAUGGAAGUAUCCGACAGAGUUUGACACGUAUGAAUAAUUGUCCUUGUACAAGUUAUCCUGAUUGCUUAUGUGAAACCUGUGAAUACUGUCAGAUUCAGCUAUCUAAAAAGCUCAAACAUUCAUUUGGGCUCAGGCAUUCACCCAAAGGUUUGUUAGAAGAUUGCAUCUCUCAUAAAGUGAAAAGUUCACCAUCAUCCUUGGAUCCUGAAGUGGCCAUGAAAUCUGCCCAACUGAACUAUAAUUCAGUUGAUGAAGUUGUUGGAGAAUUGUACCACUUGGCGAAGGAUCAGAAUGGUUGCCGUUUCCUCCAAAGGAUAUUUACAGAAGGUUCUCAAGAGGAUGCCCAAAAGGUUUUUGAUGGUGUAAUUGAGCAUAUCGAUGAACUUAUGAUUGAUCCAUUUGGAAAUUACUUGAUACAAAAACUACUCGAGCAGUGCAAUGAUAAUCAAAAGAUGCAUAUACUUUAUGAAAUAACUAAAAUACCUGGCCAGCUAGUCAAAGUUGCAUGCAACAUGCAUGGGACACGUGUGGUGCAAAAGGUGAUAGAAACAGUUAGUACCUCAGAUGAAGUGUCCAUGGUAGUAUCUGCUCUGAGCCAUGGUGCCAUUACUCUGAUGAUGGAUGCCAAUGGCAGUCACGUUGCACACCGUUGCUUGCAGAAGCUAUCACCAAAGUGCAAAGCAUUCCUUCUCAAUGCGGCCACAAAAUAUUGCGUUGAGCUAGCAAAGGAUCGGCAAGGCUGUUGUAUCAUCCAGAAAUGUAUUAUUCAUGCAAAUAAGGAACAGAAGAACAAGUUGUUGUACAGUAUCACAGGUCGGGCUCUCAAUCUCGCAGAACACCAGUAUGGGAACUAUGUAAUACAGUUCAUACUCGACCUCAAGGUUACUUGGGCAAUGAAUGAAAUUCUGGACAAGCUUGAGGGUAGCUAUGGAUACCUGUCGAUGCAAAAGUGCAGCAGCAACGUAGUUGAGAAAUGCCUGAAAGAAGCACGGGGGCCAAAACGUGCAAAGAUCAUCCUUGAGCUUAUCAACGACCCCAAGCUGCAGAAUAUCUUGCUUGAUCAGUAUGGGAAUUAUGUGAUCCAAACAGCAUUCCGGGAGUGCGGGGAUGCUGCGGUUGAGGCUGCAUUGGUCCGAGCCAUCAAGCCACACAUCAGCGCUCUUCGAAACAACAUGUUUGGGAAGAGAAUCCUGUCGAAAACCUGCCUGAGGAGCAGGAAGCUCUAAUCCCACACCUCCUCAAGAUGUCCUAUGGAGUUGGUCUCAUAAGGGGCAUCGCUGAUGUACAAAUUCUGUAAUAAAGUAGUAUAUGUCACGGGAUAGGUCGUCGUGAAACCGAGUAGACUCAGGAGAAAUGGAUGAGGAGAGUAGUCUGGUUGGAGGAAUCCACAUUUUGGGCCAUUGUAGAACAAUCCUAAGCGUGUUGUAGUUGUAGAGUUGUUUGGGAGAGUUCGUGCAAAUAAGUAUAUUAUUACUUCGUUGGUAAUCUGUCAGAUGAUCGUCUGUAUCUUGUUUUAUGGUAAUCAUUGUAUGCUUGAGAUGUAAAAAUUUCAUACUCAUUGGAUCAAGUAUGAUUGAGUUAUAGACUUCAUUUAGGUUUA